AUGGGUACCCCUUGCACAGUAAACUCCAAACGUGGUCUUAGAUCCAGCGGUACCGUCAUGUGGUCGAUUUUCUUGAUCUUUCAUCUCAACCUGCUGGCUCACGUGACCAAGGCUGAUGACAGUGUACCUGACUUCGACUGUGAUUUUGAUAUGGAUUUAUGCGGGUGGAAUGCAGACCUAACGGGUGCUAUCAGCUGGACCAGACUAUCAGGACCUACACCGACCCCCGAUACCGGGCCGUCUUCAGACCAUACAUCAGGGUCAGGAUUCUAUCUCUACACCGAGGCUGGGGAUCAAGACUACGGUGCAAUGGCGACCUUGAUAUCACCUUCCAUCCCAGCCCUGGGCACGGAUGGUGCUUGCGUAACCUUCUGGUAUCACAUGUUGGGUAGUACCAUGGGAAAACUCUUCGUCUACAACCCAGAGAACAAUGAGAGAUGGACGAAGAGUGGUAACCAAGGCAACGUCUGGCUGCAGGCGAACGCCUGGCUAGAACCAUCGUCUGAUGCAACACAGGUCUUUAUCACAGGCAUGAUUGGCGGGAAACACUACUCUGAUAUCGCUAUUGAUGACGUCAUGAUCCAUAAUGGAUAUGUGUGUGAGGAAUCAUCACCCGGUCCCCAUGAUUGCGACUUUGAGGCUGACCUGUGUGCAUGGAACCAAGACAUUGACAACGACAUUGACUGGACCAGGGCAUCAGGACCCACUGGCACGGCUGGGACAGGACCAGCAGCUGAUCAUACCAAGGGAGAUGAAACCGGUUACUACAUAUAUGUGGAGCCUAUUGAUGAGGGCUCCUAUAACACAGCCAGACUGGUAUCCGACACCAUUCUCAACUCUGAUGACAACGGAACGUGUAUGGAGUUUUGGUAUUACAUGUCCGGUACCUUCUAUGAAACGAUAACAGUCUAUAAAUGGAUCGUUGGUCCCAGCGAUCAGGAGGAUGUCAUGUGGCAGGAAGAUCAGUCACGUGGCCCUCAAUGGAAUCAAGUCCUUAUACACUUCACAGACACAGACUAUUACCAGGUUACCUUUGAAGUAGAAACCUCGUAUUCUAGCACGGCGGAAGUUGCACUAGAUGACAUUGUAUUCCAUGACGGCAAAUGCAAAACGCCAGAUCAAUGUACCUUUGAGAACGAUGAUUGCAGCUACAUCCCUGGCUCUGGGAGCGACUUCGACUGGACCCUGGUAGAGGCAAACUCUGGCGGGUCGAUACCGCCAACUGACGUCACCUACAACAGUGCUGAAGGCCACAUGCUCUUCGCUGAUCUGUCAUCUCUGACAUCCAAUAGCCUGACAGGAAUAGUAGAAACCGGUUAUCUAGAUUCUACAGACGCUGAUGGGAGAUGCUUUCAAUUCUGGUACUACAUGGGUACAUCCGGGGUCUCUGUGUUAAUGGUGUAUAUGGAGACAGAGGUAGGUCAACGCACUAUGCUGUGGGAGAUGGAUGGAGGUACUCAUGCGGACGAAUGGCAUGUACAGGAAACAAACCUGAUCAACCCUAGUAGCAGAAUGAAGGUGUCGUUCGAAGCGAGCACCACUGAUUUCAAUCAAGGCGGGGGAAUCGCCGUAGACGAGAUCUGGUUUGAAGAUUCACCGUGUUCUCCGUUCGGCAGCUGCGACUUUGAGAACUCCUACUGCACCUGGAAAAAUGACAGACAAGACGAUGAGCUCAACUGGCAGCGUAUUCGUGGACCCACACCUGGCGAAGACACAGGGGCUGAUGUCGAUCAUACCUAUGGUACCGCUGCUGAUGAUGAGAGCUAG